GUUCACUGUUUUGGUACAAGAUUGGAAAGUUUAUUUUCAUAGAAUAACUCGCGGGGAAUCACUGGAAGAUUGACCGACCGCUCGCACAGUCGCACUCCGUGUAAGGCCAUGAAGACUUUCAUUGAGCUUCCGGCUUACCCGUUACAUAACUGAAAGUGAAAACCUGAAAUUCUAUAGAGAAAAAGGCUGGAACUGGAAUAUGAUUGAGUUGCAGAGAGGAUUUCACCUUUUGCUGCAGCAAUACAAGGCGCUGUUCGUGAAGAACAUGCUGCUGUCGUGGCGGAACAAGCGCGCAACAUUCAUUCAGCUCUUCUCGUCUUUCUUCUUUAUGUUCCUCAUCUUCUGCAUCCAGAAGGCCGUCCAGUCGCGUUUCUCAUCUUCUACCUCUUUCGAGAACGUCUUCGAUCCCGAGCCGCUCGUAACGCCACCUAUUCCACCGUGUGAGGACAAAAACUUAGUCAAGUUCCCCUGCUUUGACUUUAUAUGGAGCGGCAAUGAGAGCAUGAGAAUUGGCCAAAUUGUCAGAAGAAUCAUGGACAAUAAUCCAGGCCGCCCCAUUCCUUCCAACAAGGUUCAAUCAUUCAGAACUCGGGAUGAAGUGGAUGUAUGGCUUUCCAAUAAUGCUAUGCAUUGCCCCGGAGCUCUUCAUUUUAGUGAAAGAAGUUCCAGUGUAAUUAGUUAUGGUCUACAGACAAAUUCUACUCCAGUGGCCAAACGAGGGAUUUUUGAAGAUCCCACAUUUAAGUUCCAAAUCCCACUUCAACUUGCAGCAGAGCGUGAAAUUGCACGAUCUCUAAUUGGAGGGAAUUUGCACAUCCUGCGGUUGAAACUUUCUCUGCUGUUGGUGCAGCUGGACCAACAUUUUUCCUGGCAAUUGCCAUGUUUUCUUUUGUCUUCCAAAUCAGUGCUUUAGUCACAGAGAAGGAAUUAAAACUCCGACAGGCUAUGGCCAUGAUGGGUCUUUAUGACACCUCAUAUUGGUUAUCAUGGCUCACAUGGGAGGGAAUUAUGACACUUCUAUCAACACUUAUAACACUGUUAUUUGGGAUGAUGUUUCAGUUUGAUUUUUUCAUGAACAACAGUUUUCCAGUUCUAUUCACGCUGUUUUUUCUUUUCCAGUUCAAUAUGAUUGGUCUAGCAUUCUUGUUGUCUGCUUUCAUUACUAAAUCAUCCUCAUCAACAACUGUGGGGUUUUCGACUUUCAUUGUUGGUUCUUUGACUCAGGUUGUGACAGCAUUUGGAUUUCCAUACAGUAACACAUUCCCUGAUACUUACAGGAUCAUUUGGUCUAAUUUCCCGCCAAAUCUUCUCGCUCAAGGUCUUAAGCUGGUUGCUGAUGCAACUGCAACUCCUGAAGAUCCUGGUGUUAGCUGGAAAGGAAGAGCAAAGUGUGCUCCAAAUGAUAAUGAAUGUCUAAUAACCAUGAAUGACAUCUAUAUAUGGCUUGGGUCAACAUUCUUUCUGUGGUUGGUGUUGGCUAUCUACAUGGACAAUAUAAUUCCAAAUUCAUCUGGUGUUAGAAAGUCAAUGUUCUACUUCUUGAAUCCUGGAUACUGGACAGGAAAAGGUGGAGACAAUGUCUCAGAGGGGGAUGUCUGUAGUUGUACUGGUGCAAUUCCUGCUUCAGAAAGUAGUGUGCCAGAUGAUGAGGAUGUUCUUGAAGAAGAAAACUUAGUGAAACAGCAAGCUAGAGAAGGCCAAGUUGAUUCUCCUGUUGCAGUUCAAAUAUGUGGUCUUGUGAAGAUAUAUCCAGGUUCAAGGAAGAUUAGCUGCUGUAAUUGCAAAAUGAACCCACCUUAUCAUGCUCUUAAGGGCCUAUGGGUAAACCUUGCCAAAGAUCAGCUAUUUUGUCUUCUAGGGCCCAAUGGGGCUGGAAAAACUACUGCUAUAAAUUGUUUGACUGGCAUAACACCAGUUACUGAUGGAGAUGCAUUAAUAUAUGGAUGCUCAAUCCGCAGCUCAACCGGCAUGUCAAGCAUUCGACGGAUGAUAGGUGUUUGCCCACAGUUUGAUAUUCUUUGGGAUGAAUUGUCGGGUCAAGAACAUCUCCAGCUCUUUGCCUCCAUCAAAGGUUUACCCCCUUCCUCUAUAAAAUCGGUUGUACAGACUGCAUUAACUGAGGUUAAACUGACUGAAGCUGCUGGUAUGAGAGCUAGCAGUUACAGUGGAGGAAUGAGGCGGCGGCUCAGUCUUGCGAUAGCUCUUAUUGGCGAACCAAAAUUGGUUAUUUUAGAUGAACCAACAACCGGCAUGGAUCCAAUAACAAGACGACACGUCUGGGACAUAAUAGAGGAUGCAAAAAAAGGACGUGCCAUCAUCUUAACCACCCAUUCUAUGGAGGAAGCUGACAUUUUAAGUGAUCGCAUAGGCAUCAUGGCAAAGGGGAGGCUUCGUUGCAUUGGGACUUCAAUAAGGUUGAAAUCAAAGUUUGGAACUGGUUUUGUUGCGACAAUCAGUUUUUCUGGAGGGACAACUCCUAAAAAACCUGAUACUGUUUCUACAGAUAAACACCAAGCAGUACAACAGUUCUUCAAAACGCAUUUGGAUGUGGUCCCUAAAGAGGAAAGCAAGUCUCUCCUGACCUUUGUUAUUCCGCAUGACAGGGAGAGCCUUUUGGCUGUACAGCUUUAACUGUUUGUUGUUGCAUUUUUCCUGCUAUUAUAUAGUUGCAUUUUUGUUUGAUUUUCUGCUAGAAAUUGUUGACAGUUCCUUUUCCUUCCCCUAAACCUUCUUCUUGUCAGGACUUCUUUACUGAACUCAAAGAUCGAGAAUCAGAAUUUGGAAUAUCAGAUGUCCAACUAGGGCUCACAACCCUCGAAGAAGUUUUCUUAAACAUUGCUAAACAGGCUGAAAUGGAAAGUGCUGCAGCAGAGGGAAGUUUUGCUGCUCUUACAUUGAACUCGGGGUCGUCAUCUCUGCAGAUACCAGUGGGAGCAAGAUAUAUUGGGAUUCCUGGGACAGAAUCUGCCGAUAAUCCCAGAGGCAUUAUGGUAGAAGUCAACUGGGAACAAGAUGAUUCUGGUAGGCUAUGCAUCUCCGGCCACUCAGAAGAGAGGCCAAUACCUCCUCAUGUUGAACUGACAGCUUCUCCAACAACCACUUCUAGUAGGGCCUUGAGACGAGGGAGACAAAUUCGGGGUAUAGUACUUGAUCCUGCGCAAUUUAACAGCACAAAUGUGUGUUGAUUGGUUGACUUUAUUAUGCUAAUAGUGUAAUGAAGUGGAUGAUGAGGUUGGAAAUAUGAUUCAAGACAAUCAUAGAAUUCAAUUUGAACAUUGUAUAUUUUAUUUCCAUUACUCAUUAGUCAUUAGUUAAUAAAGCAGCAAUCCCUUAUUCUAGUAA